AUGUUCAUUAUCGAAUUUGCAACAAGCAUGAUCAAGUGUAACUUGACCAAUAUACCAGCGGCAACGCUACUGCUAUUGGCACUUUGUUGUUCCACAACAUUUGGUCGCCUGAAUAAACGCAGCGGUUAUCAUUACAAAACGCCAGUGGGACCCCCACAUGGACCUUCGCAUCAUAGCUACUACGAGGUUAGCAAUUCCGUUCACGCGCAUGAGUUGCCUUCUGGUCCAUCAUCCCAUGAGGUGCCGAGUAGCUCUUAUUAUGAAUAUAAGCCAUCGUCCCCCAGUGUACACUCGCAUGUAGGAGGCGGCGGCGGUGGCGGUGGCGGUAGCAGCGGCAGCAGUGGUGGUGGCGGCACCAAGUCAGGUUACAGCAUCGGCAGCGGCUUGCGUUCCAUAGCGCAAGGUUCUGCCAAUCAGGCUUACACUGCGGUUGCCAAUCAACACGCCGCCGCCAAACAGGCAGCCUUCAUAGCGAAAAACACUUUGGCACAGGCAGCCUCACAAGCGGCCGCCACAGCGCAGGCAGCAUUGGCGGGCAAGCAGGUCCUCUUACAGGAGUUGGAACAACAGGCAGCGGAAGCGCAACGUUCACUUUCGCGUGAGCUGGAGCAAUUGAAGUCAGCUAAGAUUGCCUCGCAGUUGGCUCAACAGACCGCACAGGCUGCCAAUCAUCAUGUUUCUGUGCUAACAGCGGCCGUGAAUAAUGCAAAGUCGGUGGCCGAACAAGCUGAGCAAGCUUCAAGUGAGGUGGCCAAUCAGUUGGCUUCACAAUCGACCAUGGUUGGGCAGGCCAGAAGUCGUGUCGAACAGGUGGAGGAACAAUUGAAGCAGGCGCGUGUGGAUUACGAGGCUACGAAGGAGGCCACAUAUAAAGCGGCUUCUUCUGCCGCCGAGGCACAGGUGAAUGCAUCGAAAGCAGCUGCUCAUGCCACCAUCGGCCUACAUGAAAGCACCAUUCACAAUCCGCCUAGUGCGGAAGCAGAUGAUACGUCGUACGAUGUUGAAACUACGGCGCUGGGUCACGAAAUACAAUAUGACGGACAUGAAGUCCGUCGGCAGUGAUGGUUUGCUUGGUGGUUGGUGGCUAAUUAAACAAAAACGAUUGCUUAAGGCUGUAAGAAGUUAAUUUAAUAAUAAAAAAAAAAAUACUUUUCAAUUUGAGAACUAC